UAUGACAACGAAAGUUCCCAGCACGCACUGAGUGAAAACUGUGAUUAGAUUUUGUUUUCCAAACAUUUCCAGUGUUUUGACAGUUGCGUUUAAGGGUUAUUUUUGUCUUGUGUGUUUUCGUACGGCUUGUUGAAGGUUAACAAGUUUACAGAAAUGCAGAAUAAAGUUGAGGAGGAGGACCCCCCUCUUGUCGCCAUAGCAACUGAUGCUUCCCUUUUAGAGACACCAUCUGCUCGGUCUACUUUUCAACUUCUGGAUCAGAUGCUAUCACAAGGCAAAAUGAGUCAAAGCAAAGUGGACAAGUUGAAAUCGAUCUACGGGGAACUCAGUGAAGAAAUCAAGAGUGCCCAGGAUUCCGAGGGCCGACUUUUGGAAGAGGUCAAGAGGCUUCGCGCCGAGCUGAGGCGGCUUCAAGUUGACGCGGAGAGAAACGAAGGCUUCUCGGAGGAGCCCACGAGUGAGACAGGCAAGCUAAGGCAGGAGCUCCUACGGGCAUUCGCCGAGCUGAAAGCGGCCGAGGAUCGAGACUACGUGACGCAGCAGAAGCUGAAGUGGCUCCGGGAAGAGAAGCGAUGUCUGUUGAAGGAGAGCAACAUCGCGUCGAAACUCGACAUUCCGCAGGAACUCGAAAGCACCACGGUGACCUUGCAAGACAAAUAUGAAAAAUUAAAAAAAGAAGUGGCCCAGAGACAGAUGGAGAUCAGAAAUCUCAAGGAAGACAUGGAGACCUACCAAACCCAAACACUCAAAGAAGAGAAGGAUCUGGAAGAAGUGAAAAAAAUCAUACAAAUAAAAGAGGCGGAGAAAACUCGACUCCUCGCCGCACCUGAGCAGAUUUUAAAGGAGAUCGGAGAGAAACGUACCAAGAGGGAAGCUGCAGUAAAGACUUUGGGAGCGAUGGACGCCCAGUUGGCCCAAAUUAAACUGCAAAUGAAAGAAGUGGAGGAACAAAAUGACCUCCUCAGGGUACAAAAGAAGGAGCUGGCUAAGGAGAUGGAAGGUCUUCAGGCACGAGUGGAGGCUACACAGAGGAAAUGUAGUGACAUGCAGAAGGAACAUGAGGUCAUCAGGGAGGAGGAAGCUGAGCUGAUCGGACGCAGCGGGAUCCUGGAAAUGAAGUUGCAAAGUAUUACGUGUGAGCACAAGCUGCUUUGCGAGACUCGGUCUGUGCAGCUCAAAGAGAAAAAAAGGCAGAUGCAAGACCUCAAGAGGAUGGAGCGAACGCUGGCCACGGCCACUGAGCGGCUCAAACACACGCAAUCUACCUGCGUUGACAUGCAAGCACAGUUGGAGGCUCUUCGGAAAAGAGGGCCUAAUGUCACGCAGAGGACGACGCUUCAGAAGGAAGUGGAUGCUCUCAAAGUGAGGGUUGCAAAACAGCUAUCAAGAGCCGACAAGACGAGCCAGAAGCAGCAGCAGUCUGGGAUCAUUCAGGCGCUGCUGAGAGAAUCGGACAGCCUGAGAGAAGAACUGCAUCACCUCCGAUGUUUGACAUACAUCAAAGCUGAAGAGAGGGGCCAGAAGCACCGUGAGAUGCUCCGAGCUCAGCAAAUGAAGCAGCACAUCCAAGAGGAACUUCGAGAGAAGGAGCUCAUCGUGAUGCAGUACAGCAAGCUGAGCGCCAUGCUGCAGCGAAGAGUGCUACAGUAUGGCGAACUUUACGACGUGAUCACAGAGGAGAAAAAUAAGUAUGUCAAGCUGAAGCAGAUCGCCUCGCAGACUAUCGCCGAGUUGACGGAACAGGCAAUGGUGCUGGAAAAUGAGCUGGAGAUCCGGAAGAAUAUCGUCACGGAGAAGGACAGUUUGCUUUCCAAAGCUCAAAAGAAGGUCUCCAAUUGCUGCAAAAUACGAGAGAAGCUACGCAACAAUAUCAACAAGGUUGCUUGGCAAAGACGUCAGGUCAACCAAGAGUUCGAGGACAACGAAGCGGAGUUACACAGACUCAGGGAAGUGAUCAGUCUUCAGGAGCAAGCUCUAAUCGACCUCGGCAAGAACCAGGAAGGAGCCGUUCAGCGUCGCAAUUUUCUCGGUAUUCAGCUGCUGGAGCACGAGGAGGUGUUGUUCGACUACCAAGAGAAGGUCAACUCGCAGGAGGCGGCCAUCGCCGAGGGCAACGAGGCAAUGGAAAUCUUGGAGAAGGAAGAGAGAGAGUUGAAGGUGGCCAUCGGCGAGGCGAAGAGACAGAUUGGCUUUAAGAAGAAGGAAAUGCUGGUUCAGAAGAAGAUGGAGGAGGAGCUCAUUAUGCUGCAGCUCGAGAUGUUAGAAGUCCGGGACAAGACGCUCGAUAAUCUGACAAAAACAGCCGAUUACAAAACGCUUAAAGGCACCGAUGCUUCGUCUCCUGAACUGGUCAAGAAGAUCGAGAAGUUAGAGGUCAGCCUUGCCGAAAGGGACAGGCAACUUUUGGAGAAAGAGCUCCUGGUGGAGCAGGUGACGCGUCUCUCGGACGAUCUCCGAGAACAGAACGCCAACUGCAAACACGACAAACUGUCGCUAUCCAAGAAGCUGAACGAACUACGAAGCCACAUCAUCGAAACCAGCCGCCGCUUGAUGGCCGCGUCUGCAGAAGUCUCCAUGAAGCAGGCCGCCGUUUUAUGCCUCCAGCAGGAAGUCAAAGAGAAAGAGCUUCAGAUGGACAGAUGUCAGAGGCGCUUGGAGCAAGGCCUGCCGCCUUGCCCCGAGAUGGAAGAAGAAUGGAGGAAGAUGCUCCGGGACAAAAAGAGGAGACAGAGAGACAAAGAGGAGCGAGAUCGGCUGGCAGACGGCGACGAGUGGAAGCGUUUGCCCAACGGACAGUACACCACGGCGGAGAGCCGACCCGAUGCCUACAUCCCCCACGCCGAUGCUCUACCUCUACCCAAACCUUACGGCUCUCAAGCCCCUUUCAAGCCCCCCCAACCAGGUGCCAACAUGAGACACAUCCGCAAACCCACACAUCUCAAACCCUUAGAAGAAGAAAAUAUAAAAUAACCCCCGAGUCAUCUAAAUUCUGUUUAAGUAAUGCACUUCCCUUUUAGCAUACCUCCUUUAAUUACUUCAUGGCUGCAUCUGGUUGUCAUAUUUUUUGCUGCAUUUACCGACAAUAGCUUGUUUACAGAACCGGAAGUGUGAAUUUGGGGGUAUUUUAACUCGUAAUGUUCUAUGAAUGCAUUGCGGAGGUUUAAAGCCUGAAAGGAGAAAUGUAAAUACAAAGAGGAUGAUCACACAGUGGAAGAGGAAAAAACAGGAGGAAUUCAAGGUGGUGCCAAAAUGAAUGAGAAGACUGCAAAUAUUCACUUCGUAACAUGUGAAGAGGAAAAAAUGGCAUAGUUGUUGUGCAUCAAACUUUAGUUUUGUUCUUAUGACAGUUGCCAGGGGCGGAGUAGCUCCACGAUUUAUUGAGAAAAAGUAUUUGGAUCGAAUUAUAGAUGACGUUUAGUUAAUAAUGUAAAACGCUAAAAGCAUGUGUUGCUGGAAACUGACAUAUCAAGCUGAUCGAAAAUUUUCGGGAAUUAUAAUAAUGGAAAAUUAAAAAUGUAGCUAACGAUUAGCUAAGCAACCUAAGUUUUUUUUUAAUUGUCUUUUCUUUCAAAUUAGUAUUUAUUUCAGUUUAUAAUAGCUUGAAAAGAACUUUGACAAGAUAUCGACCUAAUCAUUAGGUCCUUAUGCGUUACAUUAGCUAUAAUUAGCAUGUUUAGCCGAGUGCUAAAAGAUAGAUGCUAACUGUUAAAUUUGUUUGGAGGUUUUUGAGUGUAAAACAGAUAAUAAUGACACCAACGUCUGCCUAUCUCCACAACAAAAUUUCAUUUUAUAGAAAUCUAAGUAAAAGAAUGACUACCAAACUCAUAAGUUUCUGAAAAAUACUGGAUCGACUAAAACAGCUAGUAGCUAAUAAUUCUUAGGGUAAAGUUACUUACUGACGUAGUGGUUGGAAUUUUCUGCUAACAUGAUUUUCAUCUCACUGUAUAAAAAUGGUGAACAUGUAUGACUGUAGUUUGUUACGAUAUAAAUAUUCAUUUCUAAAGAUAAGAACAAACUUGCGCUACUAGCUAACGUGUUAGCAUCUCAUAUGUAAAAGAAAAGACAGGUCAAUAGUUAAUUUAGUAAGAUAUUGUGUUCAGGAGUAAUGGUGUGUGUGAUCAUCCAUUGCUGGCAGCUGCUGAGAGCUGUCGGAUUAAUUUAGCGCCAAAAGAGUUUAGGCUUCAUUAGGCCAUUACAUAACACCGAGCGGGCGAGGGCAACGACAGCGGAAGCGUAAAUUCCCGUACAAAGAACAGAAAUUCCGGAAAAAUCUAUUUUUGUAGAAGCAGGCUGCGAGGUGUUUUCUGAACUUGACUCAGCUUGUGAGAUCAUUUCCCGACUGCUGAUUGAAAUGAUUUUAAGAUGCGUAAAGUUCCAAUUGUAUCCGGAGGCGUUUUAUGAUGCAAUAAGAUUUAAUUGGAAUCAUAUUAACAUGAAAAAAACCUCAAUGGAGAAAAAACAUAUUAUCCCUUUUAUUCCCAACCUAUCGAAUAUUUGGUAUUUCACCGUCAAAAAUCAAAACAUACCACACAGAUACAUUUUCUUGAGACUGUACAAAAAAAAAAAUCAACCAUGAUUGAUCACGCACGGGCACAUGAUUCAAAACAGACCAUCACAUGUCUUUUCAUCUCCUUUUAGUUCCAAAUGUUUGACGCUGUGCUCGACAUAUUUCUGCAGCAAGUUGUGCAAAUAAAUGUCUGAUCGCUUUGUAUGCAAAUAUUGAAACAAUGUGUGACAAACGAUUACAGGAAAUCGUCCAACAUGGUUUCGAAUAUUCAUGAUGGUGAAAUAGGUCACUCCGAAGUUUUCCAACCAAAUAAGGAUAAAGGAUGUUUUUAUAUCCUAUGACUGAAUGUUGUUGUUG